AAGCUUGAACAAGCGCCGCGCCGGGGCCGCCGUUUCGGGUUUUUUUUUUUUGCUUUUUUUCUUUUUUUUUUUUAUUGUGUGGGAAUUUUUCGGUUUUCUUCUUUCCGCCCCUCCUUCCCAGUUUUUUUUUCUUUGAAGGAACUUUAUUUUCCCCCGCGCGCACGGGGAUGCGCUGAGGCCGCUCCGCCCGGCCCGGCCCGGCCUCGGCAUGUCGGGCAGCCGCCCGCCGCACCCCGCCGUGCCGCCCGCCGCCACACCGGCCUCCUCCUCCUCCUCUUCCUCCUCAUCCUCCUCCUCUUCGGCGGCCAUGGCCCCCGGCUCGUCCUCCUCGGGCGGCGCAGCGGCGCGGCCCGUGAUGGUGGCGGCCGCCGUGUCGGGGUCGGGCCCGGGGCUGCCCCGGCUGGCGGCGGGGGCGGCGCGGCCCGGCGGCUCCUCCGCGGCGCCGGGGGGCGGCGGCAGGAAGAGGCCGCUGCUCACCCCGCUCUGCAACGGGCUCAUUAACUCCUACGAGGACAAGAGCAACGACUUCGUGUGCCCCAUCUGUUUUGAUAUGAUUGAAGAAGCCUACAUGACGAAAUGUGGACACAGCUUCUGCUAUAAAUGUAUUCACCAGAGCCUGGAGGACAAUAACAGAUGUCCCAAAUGCAACUACGUUGUGGACAACAUAGAUCAUCUUUAUCCCAACUUCUUAGUUAAUGAAUUAAUUCUUAAACAGAAGCAAAGAUCUGAGGAGAAGAGACUCAAACUGGACCAUUCAGUGAGUAGCACCAAUGGUCACAGGUGGCAGAUAAUUCAAGAUUUGUUGGGAACUGAUCAAGACAAUCUUGACUUAGCCAAUGUCAACCUGAUGCUGGAGCUGCUGGUGCAAAAAAAGAAGCAGUUGGAAGCAGAGUCCCAUGCUGCCCAAUUGCAGAUCCUGAUGGAAUUUCUUAAAGUUGCCAGGAGAAACAAGCGAGAGCAAUUGGAGCAGAUCCAGAAGGAGCUAAGUGUUCUGGAAGAAGAUAUUAAACGAGUAGAGGAGAUGAGUGGCCUGUACUCCCCGGUCAGUGAGGACAGCACAGUGCCACAGUUUGAGGCUCCCUCACCUUCACACAGUAGUAUUAUUGACUCCACCGAGUAUAGCCAGCCUCCAGGCUUCAGUGGCAGUUCUCAGACCAAGAAGCAGCCGUGGUAUAACAGCACGCUGGCCUCGCGACGCAAGCGCCUCACGGCCCAUUUUGAGGACCUGGAGCAGUGCUAUUUUUCCACCAGGAUGACUCGUGUCUCGGAUGACAGCAGAACCACCAGCCAGCUGGAUGAGUUCCAGGAGUGUCUGUCCAAGUUCACGCGCUACAACUCCGUGCGGCCGCUGGCGACGCUGUCCUACGCCAGCGACCUCUACAAUGGCUCCAGCAUAGUAUCCAGUAUUGAGUUUGACCGUGACUGUGACUACUUUGCCAUCGCUGGAGUGACAAAGAAGAUUAAAGUCUAUGAGUAUGGUACAGUCAUUCAGGAUGCAGUGGAUAUUCACUACCCUGAGAAUGAAAUGACCUGUAAUUCCAAAAUCAGCUGUAUCAGCUGGAGUAGUUACCACAAGAACCUGCUAGCCAGCAGUGACUAUGAGGGCACCGUCAUCCUUUGGGAUGGAUUCACGGGACAGAGAUCCAAGGUCUACCAGGAGCAUGAGAAAAGGUGCUGGAGUGUUGAUUUUAACUUGAUGGACCCUAAGCUAUUGGCUUCAGGCUCUGAUGAUGCCAAAGUGAAACUGUGGUCUACCAACUUGGACAACUCAGUUGCAAGCAUUGAGGCCAAGGCUAACGUGUGUUGUGUCAAAUUCAGCCCAUCUUCUAGGUAUCACCUAGCUUUUGGCUGUGCAGAUCACUGUGUUCACUACUACGACCUCCGCAACACUAAGCAGCCCAUCAUGGUGUUCAAGGGGCAUCGCAAGGCCGUCUCCUAUGCCAAAUUCGUCAGCGGCGAGGAAAUCGUCUCUGCGUCAACAGACAGCCAGCUGAAGCUGUGGAACGUAGGGAAGCCUCACUGCUUGCGCUCCUUCAAGGGUCACAUCAACGAGAAGAACUUCGUGGGGCUGGCGUCCAACGGGGACUACAUUGCCUGUGGAAGUGAAAAUAAUUCCCUUUACUUAUACUAUAAGGGCCUCUCAAAGACACUGCUGACGUUCAAAUUUGAUACAGUCAAAAGUGUCCUGGACAAGGACCGGAAAGAAGAUGACACAAAUGAGUUUGUGAGCGCUGUGUGCUGGAGGGCACUUCCAGAUGGGGAGUCCAACGUGCUUAUUGCUGCUAACAGUCAGGGUACAAUUAAGGUACUGGAGCUGGUAUGAAGGGUUUUCUCUCAAGGCAUGAGGUACUUGGUCCUGCUGAUAUGCUACAGUAUUCAUCUGGGAACCACAGUGGGACAAGAAACCAAAACCACCUUGAUGUUCCUCCCCAAAAUGAUCAUGUUUGGGUUUUUUUCCAUUUAUGGACUUUCUAGGACAUUCUGAGACACUGAUAACACCAGUGAACUGUCUGCCAUCAACAUUAACUCCACAGACUUUGCUGCUGCUGGUGGUGGUAUGGUUGUCUAAUUUUUAUGAUAGGAAAACAAAUUCUUUUAAAUAAAAACAAAAAGGAAUAAUAAAGUUUAUUGAGCCACAA